AUGAGCUCGAAAGCUAGACAGGCUCCCACGAGUUGGGACGCCUACGAGCGUGGACGUGCAUCCUCCUUUGGUUCUCUCGAGUCUGUCCCAGAAGAUGAGCAGCAGAACAAUCUCUCUUCGUCCACCCCAGCAGCACAUUAUAUACAUCCGGAAGGUCAAGAGCACGGAGGUUUACGGCGGAGAUCUUCUUUUGGCAAGAAAAUUGACCAUAUCAUGCAGAUGGGUGGACCAAAUAGCAUCGACAACUUUGCAAAGUCGUUUCAAAGAGCUGCGGGAUUUCGUGAGAUCACACCGGUACGCAGGAACUCCGUGAGCCUCUCAGAAGGCGACCAAGAAGCAGCAGCUCCUGCCAGCCCUGAACAGAGCACGGCGGCGCCCAACAGGUCGCUCCUGAGAGAACAGCUUCAAAACUAUGAUUUCGGAGCGAACAAUGAUUCGGCCUUGCAGGAUGACAGAGCUGCAGAGAAUCAGGAGCCGACAGAAGAUUCAGCACUCUUGCCUGUCGAAAGUCGACAAACUUUCAAAUCCACGAGCGGUUCUCUCGUCCCAGGCUCAGUGCUACCACAUGAGUUGGGCACAAGCUAUGGAAGUAUUUCUUCCAAGCUGACGGCGACUGCUCGGCACCGAGCAUCAAUCCUUAUCAUGGAACAGGAAGAAGCUAGCAGGCGAGCACGCCAGGAACCAGAGGUAUUGAAGGAAGAACCUCAACGGCAUAUUGAACGAGAGGUUCUCCCUGACGGUGAGGUCUUGGAGCGCAUAGUAGGCGAGUCAACCGUUCCUAUGACUGUCUUCAAUUCUACAAAUGUGUUGAUCGGUGUCGGCAUCCUGGCCUUGCCACUGGGUAUCAGAUAUUCUGGCUGGGUGAUCGGUCUAUCCUUCCUGACUCUCGCCGCUAUCGGCACCUCAUACACGGCUCGGUUAUUGGCCAAAUGCCUGGAUUCGAACACUGGUUCGACAACGUACGGGGACAUCGCUUUCUUGGCAUUUGAUACUUGGGGCAGACAUUUUGUGGAAGCCCUGUUCAUCUUGGAGCUCACGGCUGCCAACGUCGCCCUGGUCAUUCUCUUCGCCGACAGCAUGAACUCUCUGGUGCCCGGUGUUUCCGUGGUUGAGUGGAAGGUCAUUAUUGCUCUUGGUCUGAUUCCGUUGAAUUUUGUUCCUUUCAAGACCUUGAGUGUCACCAGUGUCAUCGGCAUCUUCUGCUGCCUGGGCAUCAUUAUUAUUGUGUUUGCAGACGGACUCAUCAAGCCUCACGGCCCCGGAUCUUUGAGGGACGUGGCUAAAACUUGGGCAUUUCCCGAAGAUUGGAGAACAGUUCCGCUCAGCCUGGGUCUGUUCAUGGCUCCAUGGGGCGGCCACAGCGUCUUCCCGGCCAUCUACAAGGACAUGCGACAUCCACAUAAAUAUGGGCGCGCUUUGAAGUACACCUACUUCUUCACCUACGGUCUUGACCUGUCCAUGGCUGUGCUAGGAUAUCUCAUGUUCGGCGACAAGGUACGCGAUGAAGUGACCUCCAACAUUCUCCGGUCGACGGCCUACCCUCACGUCCUCUCCGUCAUCAUUGUCGUCCUUAUCGCCAUCAUCCCGAUCACCAAGAUUCCGCUUUCCAACCGGCCUGUGAUGGAUACACUCAACAAAAAGUUUUACAUCGACCUGCGCCAGAUGGAUCCUAAGGCGCGCGCAUAUAGUGAACGAUCGCUCAAACACCGUGCCGCACGCGGUUCCAUCGGUAUAUUGGCCAAUAUCAUUCAACUCGGCAUCGCCAUUGGCUUUCCGGAUUUUGACAGCAUUAUGGCCCUCAUGGGCUCGGCUUUGUGUUUUACCAUUUGUAUCAUCCUGCCUGUUAGCUUUUACCUGGUGAUUUUCAGUUCCGAAGGCAAGGAGAUUGGGUUGAUGGAGAAGAUUCUUGAUUGGGGUUUGUUGGUGAUUUGCAUCUUCCUUGCGGUGUUGGGAACUGUAUUUGCUAUUUUGCCCAAGAACAAGAUUGGGGCUUCGGUUUGA